AUGGCGACGCAAGAAAUCAAGGACCCAUGUGCUAAGCUGAACUGUACCCAGGGUUCGCAAUGCGUGCGAAGCAGAGAUGGCAGCGAGGCUUUCUGCGAGUGUCUGGAAUCCUGUCCGAAUUUGGGGGAUCACGAGGGAUCGGGUCCUGUCUGCGGCACAGAUGGGAUCGACUAUUCGUCUCUUUGCGAACUGAACCGGGCAGCCUGCGUCAAGGGUGCUAAUAUCACGAUGGCGUUUCAUGGAAAAUGCGAUCCUUGCGGUAACGUGGAGUGCGUAGAACCGGAAAUCUGUCAGCUGGACGAGUCGAGGCAACCUGGCUGUCGUUGCGGCGAGCAGUGCGGCAUCGAGUUCGCACCAGUUUGCGGAAGCGAUGGUAAAACAUACUCGAAUGAAUGCAGCCUCAGGCAGGAAGCUUGCAGAUCGAGAUUAUCGCUCAGGAAGGUCUACAAUGGCGCAUGCAACUCAGGAAUCAAUCCGUGCGACGAGGCGAAGUGCGGCCCCUACGAGCAGUGCGUGAUCAACCGACAAGGAAUUGCGAGUUGCGAGUGCGGUCCAGAAUGCGAAGAAGUGAUGAGACCGGUGUGCGCGCGCGGGGGAAAGACGUACAUGUCGCUGUGCGAGCUGAAGAGACAGGCCUGUUUAACGAAGACCAACAUCGAGGUCGCGUACACUGGCACCUGUGGCUCCAUGGGCCCCUGCACCGAGAAGAUCUGUCAGUGGGGCGCGAUUUGCGCGGAAACCAAUGGCACAGCGAUUUGCGAAUGUCCAACCUGUCCGGCGGAAUUUCAGCCGGUUUGCGGCAACGAUGGCAUCAGCUACGGAAACGAGUGUAAGCUUCGCCUGGAGGGCUGUAAACAUCGACGAGAGAUCCGCGUGCUUUACCAGGGACUCUGCAAUGGAUGCGAGAACAAGAAGUGCGACUUCUACGCCGAGUGCGAGAGCGACAGCACCGGCGAGGCCAAGUGCGUCUGUCCCAGAAAGUGCGAUGGACUGGAGAAAGAACCUACAGUCAAUGACAAGAUUUGUGGCUCCGACGGAGUAACCUACGACACCGAAUGCGCUUUGAAAAUGGCCUCCUGUAGCUCUCAGACGCUCAUCACUAUCAGCUACAUGGGUGACUGUGAGCUGUGCGCAAACGUAGAAUGCGAUCAUGGAGCUCAUUGCAUGGCUGGAGUAUGCGUGUGCCCGAACGAGUGCCCUGAGAGCACUGGAGAACUAGUAUGCGGUAGCGAUGCCAAGACGUACCCAUCAGAGUGCGAAUUGCAAAAGGCAGCCUGUGGAAGGGAUCCCAAGUUGCCAGUCUUGCACGUGAUAUUCUACGGCGAUUGCGGUGAACGAUUCGCUGUGGCAGCACUCACCACGAUGUCGACGCCUGCGGUGGUUCGAUUGGCCACCACCGCGGUUGACGUGACCAGCACUCAGGUACGCGAGGCUUGCAAGAACAUUAACUGCGACUUCGAGGCGACCUGCGAGCUGGGCCCGGACAACUAUCCCAGGUGCAGCUGCAAGUUCGACUGCGCCUCGAUUUCCCAGGAAAAUAUGCGUCCUGUUUGCGGCAGCGACCUGAAGACCUAUUCGUCCCUGUGUGCCAUGAAAAUGGAGGCUUGCCAGAGGCAGCAAGAGCUAAGACUUAGACCCCUUGAUCUUUGCAAAGGUAUGGAAGUGAAGCCUUGCAACGGUGAUCCUCCACUGGUGGACGCCGAUGGAAAAGAAUACGAUUGCGGUAAUGGCCCAGAACGACGCGAUUGUCCUAGCAACAGUUACUGUCACCAGACCACGCGAUUAGCUCGAUGCUGCAAAAGAGGUCAGUUGUCCUCCCAAGUCUCAAAAUGCAAGGACUCCUGGUAUGGCUGUUGCCCGGAUAAUAAAACAGCAGCACUCGGACCCAAUGAUGCAGGUUGCCCGAAUAUAUGCAAUUGCAACAAGUUAGGCAGUGUUUCUGACAUCUGCAAUCCAGAGACCGGACAGUGCGAAUGUAAACCAGCCGUUGGUGGCCUGAAAUGCGAUAGAUGUAUGCCUGGCUAUUGGGGUUUGCCUAAAAUCAACGAAGGACUUCAAGGAUGUAUACCGUGUGGCUGUUCGCUCUUCGGUUCUAUGAGAGAGGAUUGCGAACAAAUGACAGGUAAAUGCGUCUGCAAGACGGAUAUAAAGGGCCACAAAUGUACCAUUUGCACCGACCACAACAAGAUAUUAACAUCCACUGGUUGCUACUCAGCCGACACCAUACCACCGAUACCGACGUCUUGCAGCAAGCUGGAAUGCUAUUCCGGUGGCCAGUGCUCGGAGAUUGGUGGUCCGCACUGCGUUUGUCCGUCGUCCUGUCCAUCGGAUAUACCGUCUGUGCCGAUUUGCGGUAGCGACGGACAGACAUACGACAACGAGUGCGAGCUCAGGCUGUAUGCUUGUCGCCACCAGGCAGACGUGGUCACGCAGGCCUUCGGCCACUGCAGAGACGACCCCUUGGUGAACACGGACUUCCCCGUUAAAAGGUACACAGCGGUGCAAUACACUCAGCCAGCGGCCGCCAUUUCUCCGUUGUCGAAAUCUACCAGGCAUCUGUUAGUGCCUGAACCGGAUCCACGCUAUUAUUACACACACAGGGCGCAUCAAGAAACCAUCACGAUCGACAGGGACAAUUUAAAGCACGGAGUGGCCGCAGCGUACAGACCAACCCCAGCCACGAUUCGCGUGGUCACCGCGUUGGUCGGUGAUCUCUGCAGCGACGACAAGGAUUGCACCAUCCCCAAUAGCGAGUGCUCGAACGGUGGUUGCAUUUGCUCCGAAGGAUACACGGUGACCAGCGACAGGCAGGACUGUUUUGCUAAUUACGUGCCUGUCACGCCGACCGAAGAAUUUCGUGCCUGCCUGUCGUAUCCGUGUCACGCGACAUCGACGUGCAUCGAUCUGCCCAGCGCGACGUUCGUUUGCAUCUGUCGUCCAAAUUACACCGGUCUAUUAUGCGACGAGGAGAUCAACAAAAGGGAUUACGAGGUGCCGUCGUUCGACGGCAAGAGCUACGUCAGGAUGAACAGAUUGAAGGCUUACUACAAGUUCAGCGUCGAGGUUGAGUUCAAGACGUACGCUGACAACGGGAUUAUACUUUACAACCAACAGAAGAGCGACGGCACCGGGGAUUUCGUCUCGUUAGCCAUCGUCGACGGACACAUACAGUUUCGAUACAAUUUAGGAAAUGGACCUGUAAUUUUGUCCUCCCCCGAAAGGGUUACUAUGAAAACUUUCCACCGCGUGGCAGCCAAGAGGUAUCAUAAGGAUGGUGUUUUAAUUUUUAAUAACCGAGAAGAUGUCGCAGGUCAGAGUCAAGGGAUGUUGAAGUCACUUGACCUAAACCAAGAUACAUUCAUUGGAAAUAUGCCUACAAACUAUUCCAAGAUUUACGAUAAUAUUGGCACCAGUCACGGUUUCCUCGGUUGCAUACGAAAACUGAAGAUCAAUCGGAAUUUCGUCGAUCUCCACGUAGGGCGCGACAAAGAGGUCUUGGAGACCUAUCGCGUGAAGGAGUGCGGAGAAAACGCGUGCGCCAAUCUUCCUUGCCAGAACGGUGCAACUUGCCAACCGAUCUUCGAAGAAGACCUCUGCAAUGGUCGCGAAUGCAGAAGAAUCCAUAAACGGGGAAAGGGCAAGAACAGGAACGGAAUGAACAUCGUAAGGUGCAAGGGAUUGCAUUGCACCACGAUCGAUCAACGCAGAUCGAACAUCAACGAUUACGACGUUGAUUACGAAAGCAGUUACGAGCAUGGAAAUUACGCGGUGGAAAAGUACGACCCUCCUGAUUACAGAUGCAUUUGUCCGCCUCAGUUCACAGGCAGAAACUGCGAGGAGUCUUUAGACCCUUGCAUCGGCGAACCUUGUCAGCAUGGCGCCACUUGCGAUAUUCUACCACAGGGUGGUUACGUUUGCAAGUGCCCACCUGGCAGGACUGGAGAACAUUGUGAGAACCUUGACGCUGAAUUGACGGAGCUAUUGAUACCCGAAAUGUCUGGAGACGGUUUUCUGGAACUGCCAUGCCUGGAAGGCGUAGCGAAAGCAUUUUCCAUCGAGUUGUGGUUCCUCACACACGCGAGCGACGGUUUGCUUCUUUACAAUGGCCAACUGAAUAACGGACGUGGUGAUUUCAUUAGCCUGAAUCUGGUCCAUGGAAAACUGGAGUUCAGAUUUAAUCUUGGAAGUGGUAUCGCCAACAUUACCUCUCCAGAUCCAGUUACACUCGACACGUGGCAUUGUGUUCGUAUCAACAGGCUGGGCAGAGAAGGUGUUCUUCAGUUGGAUGACGGAACAGUUGCCAGAGGAGUAUCUGGAAGUCCUUUAACGGAACUGAAUUUGGAAAUGCCUCUUUACGUCGGUGGUGUCAAACAAUGGCGAGAAGUGCAUCGACUGGCUGGAGCGUGGACUGGAUUGGUAGGUGCGAUACAAAGAUUGAUGGUGAAUGGAAAAACCUACCAGAAUCUAGCCGUCAACGUUACUCAACAUAACACGGAAAUCUACGAUGGUCUACCAUGCCCUAGCAAUGAAAACCCCUGUUACAAUGGUGGAGUGUGUCUACCUCUGUUAAAUAGUUACCUGUGCAAGUGUGCUAGUAAUUACAAUGGCCUCCAUUGCGAAUUCUUCAUGGGUUACGACGUAUCUACAGAAGUAUCCGAAAGACCAGUUCGCUUCAAGGGCGACAAUUUCCUGCAAUUCAGACAUCGAAAUGGAAGAAGUACUAACUCAACUAAUACUACCCUCGGCGAGUACUUUGAGGAGUCCUACUCCGACUACGACUUGGAGGAGGAAGUCGACUACGAUUACGACACUUACGAUUACACGGAGCGUAAGGGACAGCAAUCGAAUAAAUUUGAGUUGAGAUUGAGAACGACACAUCCGGAUGGACUGAUUGCCUGGGUUGGAAGAGGAAAAAUCGAGAAUCUUGUCUUAUCGUUACACAGUGGUCAAGUGCUUCUUACAUACAAAAGCAAGAAUGAACUGAUAUCUCUGAGGAGCAGGGAACGGGUGGACGAUGGCGUUUUCCACCAUAUCAGAGCAUCGAGAAGACGACGAACAUCGAUGAUACAGAUCGACGACUUCACCCCAGUGAAGGUAUCGACAGAGACCACUCUGUUAACGACAAACGGCAAGCUCUUCGUCGGUGGUAAACCAGGCCAUCGAGGUAUCAAAGGCUGCGUGUCGGACUUCGUGGUGGACAAACGGCGUCUUCAACUGGCCAGGCGGAAGAUCGAGUACUGUCACGACAACGAUGUAUGAUAACGAAUCCCGGAAACGACGAUUGUCAACGUGACGUCGCCUCUGGCCACGCUUGUCGACUGGACGCCGCUUUUGUCCUCGACGAGUUAGCACCAGCCUAAAAACGGACAAAGACGAACGAAGCGAAGGUGGUGUUCGUUUCUGGGGGACGAAUGGAAACGAGGCACGUGGUCUGAACGAUCGUGAGGA